AUGGGAAAUCAAACAGCAAGAUCGUUCAAGAGUGUUACAAAAUCCCAAAAGCAAAAAAAUACACAACAUAAAAUGAUCAGUGAUACACCAACAUCAUCGACCGAGGAACUCAUCACUAAUUUUACCAAAAUUCCAGUGACUAGACCAUCAUCGAGUCCGAUGAGUGAUAUGGUCUAUAGAUGUCAUGUUGUAGAACAAUUAAAAGAUUUGCUAAAUAAUGAAAAGGCUUUGAUGAAAAGAAAUUUGGACUUUGUAGAAAAUUUGAAGGAUGUAAUUCAUAGAAUUUCCAAUACUAUAGGAAUGAGGCAAAAUAAGAAUGAUGUAUUCAGAUGUGGAGGGCUAAAGAUGAUUUGUCUAUUAUUUAAUCAACUUGCUUCAUAUACAUUUGAUGAUUUAACGGAAGGGUCUGUCAAGCAAAAACCUUGGAAAGAAUUGGAAGAGACUAUUUCUGAUAUUUCCUAUAUUUUGUACAAGAUGGCUGAGCAUACAAGGGCUAGAGCUGUUAUGAUCACAACUGGUGUCAUUUAUUCAAUGUGGACUGUAGCUCAGAGAUUUACUAAUAUUUUGGAGUUGUUUUUCACAGAUAAAAGCACCAAUACUACUGAACGUCCAAUUGCCAGAUUUUAUAGACUUAGAUUGGAGGCAAACCAACAAAUUGAAAGUGCUAUUUAUCACAUGAAUGAAAUUAUUGAAUUAUUGAGCUCUGAACUUUCACUCUCCUCAGAUUUGACAGAUUUAUUUAAGAGUGCCAAUAGACACUUGAAUAGUGCAACAACUGAUGAGGAAGAAGAAGUGGAUAGUUUUGGGUUACAGUCUUGUGAUGUAUUUUUGGGUUUUGUUGAUCUUCCACUUACUGAAUGGUCACAAAAAGGUUUUGAAAUGUUUUUAGAGAAUAAUACCAAUCCAAGCCUCAAUUUAUCACUUUCCGACUUUGAUUUGAAUUUACACAGUUCAAUCAUUAAUGCUAGAACAAAUGAAUUUUUAGAUAGAUUCUUUGUGAAAUGGAAUUUUGACAAAUCUGAGAACCAAAAAGCUGGAUUCUAUCUAUUGAAAAGAGACCAAGGUAUUGGAAAGUUUGUUUUACAAAAGUUUUGCCAGCUCCUCUACUGUGACUCUCUUAUUUUCACACAAUCAGAUAUUCAACAUCUGAAGGAUGAGUGGAAAAGCGAGGUAGACAAACUUGCAAAUGCUGGUGAGGACACCUCUGAUAUGGAGUUCUCAAUUGACCAGACAUUUGAAAAGGGUGGCAUUAAAAUUUUAUUAGAAUCCUUAAAGAAUGCGAGUACAAAAACCAAUAUUGAAAGAUUAUUGAAUUUUAAAGAAAUAAUAGUUCUGAAUGCUGACACUUCACUCUUUGACGAGUUUGACGAAAAUUUGUUAAAGCAAGAGAUGGAUUUCUUUUUCAAGGAAAAUCAAGAAAGAGACAAUGUUCAAUUUUUCCAUCACAAGAAGGAUCAAAUCAAAGAGCAUGCUCGUCACACAGGAGGUUUAGAAGAAGAUUUUACAAAUGUUUUUCAAUCUAUUGCAAGAGGAAAAACUGAUGAUUUUGAUGUGUUGAUGAGCACUGAAGGAAAUGAGCUGGGUCAAGUCGAUACAGAAGUUAUGGGUGACGAGAAGUAUGCUCUCCAAUCAUCAUGGCUCAUUAGCGCUCAAGAAAUGGGAGGUAUGGCCUGUCAUAGAUGUAUUCUCUCGGCUAGAAGUGAGUACAUGAGAAAGAUUUUCAAAUAUGAAACUUCUCCAAAGUGCCUUGUCAAAUGUGAAGAUCUAAAGUGGACCAACGAUAUGGAACUUUUCAAUAAGGAGGUCAAAUCAAUCCAAAUUCCAAACUUAUCUUACAGCACAUUGAGUUUGAUUCUUAGAUUUAUUUAUUGUGGAGAAAAUAUUUUGAAGAUUGAUGCUAAAUCUGAAGGAAGUGAUAGUUAUCAAUUGAUUCCUCAAACCUAUGUUGAAUGUUUGAUUGCCUCCGAUUUAUUCUUACUGUAUCCAUUGAAGAAGUUUUGUGAAUUGCAAAUAAUGUCCCAGUUGACUAGUAUGGAUGAGGUUGAUCAAGAAUUCGCCAUUAUGUUGCUCAAUAUCGCCUUAACUUAUAAUUGUAGUGAUGCUUUCAAACAAAAAUGUAGUUCCUACAUAAAGUAA